CAGGCUCCAGGCUCUGAGCUGUCAGCACAGAGCCCAACGCGGGGCUUGAACUCACAAACUGCGAGAUCCUGAUCUGAGCCAAAGUUGGACACUCAACCUACUGAGCCACCCAGGCACCCCUCCAAUAUUUCCUUUUUAUGACUGAAUACUAUGCCUUUGUAUGGGUAUACCACAUUUUGUUUAUUCAUUCAUUAUUUGAUGGACAUUUGGGUUGUUUCCAUUUUUUAGCUAAUAUGAAUAAUACUGCUAUGAACACUUUCAGUCUGUUCUUAAUUUUAUUCCGUCGUUAUUUUUCUUCUGGAGGCGUUCAUUAUCCUUCCAUAACACCUACUCUACAGAAUUCUUACUAUAUUAGCCUAACAAUUUAUAUUCUCUGUGUCAUAUCUGGGCUAUAAAGCCCUACAGGAGAAGUUACACAACUAUUUCGUGAAACCAACUGGUGGAGCUACACAUUCUUGGAAUUCUUGAUGCAAAGCAAAUUUUCCAAGACUCAUUCAGCUUGUGAAACUUUGUAUCGCAAUGAUUGAUACCGGAAAGGCCUUUUGUGUUGCAAAUAAACAAUUCAUGAAUGGGAUUCGAGACCUGGCACAAUAUUCUAGUAAUGAUGCUGUAGUUGAGACAAGUUUAACCAAGUUUUCUGACAGUCUUCAAGAAAUGAUAAAUUUUCACACAAUCCUAUUUGACCAAACUCAGAGAUCAAUUAAAGCACAGCUUCAGAACUUUGUUAAAGAAGACCUUAGAAAAUUCAAAGAUGCCAAGAAGCAAUUUGAAAAAGUCAGUGAAGAAAAAGAAAAUGCAUUAGUAAAAAAUGCUCAAGUACAAAGAAACAAACAGCACGAAGUUGAGGAAGCCACAAACAUUUUGACAGCAACAAGAAAAUGUUUUCGACAUAUAGCCCUCGACUACGUACUUCAGAUUAAUGUCCUUCAAUCAAAACGAAGAUCAGAAAUCCUAAAAUCAAUGUUAUCUUUUAUGUAUGCCCAUUUGGCCUUCUUCCAUCAAGGAUAUGAUCUAUUCAGUGAACUUGGGCCCUACAUGAAGGAUCUUGGUGCACAGUUGGAUCGACUGGUUGUAGAUGCAGCAAAGGAGAAAAGAGAGAUGGAGCAAAAACAUUCCACCAUUCAACAAAAGGAUUUCUCCAGUGAUGAUUCUAAGUUAGAAUAUAAUGUAGAUGCUGCAAAUGGCAUUGUUAUGGAAGGAUAUCUGUUCAAACGAGCCAGCAAUGCCUUCAAAACUUGGAACAGGAAAAAGCCCGAUCAUAUCAGACGCUGGUUUUCAAUACAGAACAAUCAGCUGGUAUAUCAGAAAAAGUUUAAGGAUAACCCCACCGUGGUAGUGGAAGAUCUAAGGCUGUGCACAGUGAAACACUGUGAAGACAUAGAACGACGUUUCUGCUUUGAGGUAGUCUCUCCAACAAAAAGUUGUAUGCUUCAGGCAGAUUCUGAAAAACUGCGCCAGGCAUGGAUUAAGGCUGUUCAGACCAGUAUUGCUACUGCUUAUAGAGAGAAGGGUGAUGAAUCAGAGAAGCUGGAUAAGAAAUCAUCUCCAUCCACAGGAAGCCUGGAUUCUGGAAAUGAGUCAAAAGAUAAAUCGUUGAAAGGAGAAAGUGCACUGCAGCGAGUCCAGUGUAUCCCUGGCAAUGCCAGCUGUUGUGACUGUGGUCUGGCGGACCCACGGUGGGCCAGCAUCAACCUGGGCAUCACCCUGUGUAUCGAGUGUUCUGGGAUUCACCGGAGUCUUGGAGUUCAUUUUUCAAAAGUACGAUCUUUAACUUUAGAUACCUGGGAGCCUGAACUUUUGAAGCUUAUGUGUGAAUUGGGAAAUGAUGUUAUAAACCGAGUUUAUGAAGCUAAAGUGGAAAAAAUGGGAAUAAAGAAACCACAACCAGGACAAAGACAGGAGAAAGAGACAUAUAUCAAAGCAAAAUAUGUGGAGAGGAAAUUUGUGGAUAAAUAUUCUAUAUCAUCAUCACCUCCUGAGCAGGAAAAAAGGAUUGUCUCCAAAAGUUGCGAAGAAAAGAGGCUGAGCAUUUCUAAACUUGGGCCAGGUGACCAAGUCAGAGUACCUCCCCCAAGUUCAGUGGUUGCUGUAAAUAGCGACGAGGCCAGGCGGGAGUCUCUGUUCUGUCCUGAUGAGCUAGAUUCACUCUUCUCCUACUUUGAUACUUCUUCAAAACUACGUAGUAUUAAAAGUAAUGAUAGUGGAAUCCAGCAGAUUUCUGAUGAUGGAAGAGAAUCUUUACCCUCGACAGUGUCUGCCAAUAGUUUAUAUGAGACUGAAGGAGAAAGGCAAGAUUCUUCUGUGUUUCUCGACUCUAAACAUCUUAAUCCGGGACUCCAGCUUUAUAGGGCUUCAUAUGAAAAAAAUCUUCCUAAAAUGGCUGAGGCUUUGGCUCAUGGUGCAGAUGUGAACUGGGCUAAUUCAGAGGAAAAUAAAGCAACACCACUUAUUCAGGCUGUAUUAGGGGGUUCUUUGGUGACAUGCGAGUUUCUUCUACAGAAUGGUGCUAAUGUGAACCAAAGAGAUGUGCAAGGGCGGGGCCCACUGCACCAUGCCACUGUCUUGGGGCACACAGGGCAGGUAUGUUUAUUCCUAAAACGAGGUGCCAAUCAACAUGCCACUGAUGAAGAAGGGAAAGACCCUUUGACUAUAGCUGUGGAAGCAGCCAAUGCUGAUAUAGUGACCUUGUUACGUUUAGCAAGAAUGAAUGAAGAGAUGCGGGAAUCAGAAGGACUUUAUGGACAGCCAGGUGAUGAAACCUACCAGGAUAUUUUUCGUGAUUUUUCCCAAAUGGCAUCCAAUAAUCCAGAGAAACUAAAUCGUUUCCAACAAGAUUCACAGAAAUUCUGAGUUUUUUUUAAAGAAGGGGAAAAGAUUAAAUUGAAUGAUCCCCUAAUGUACUAAUGUGUACGUCUGAAAACUCACAAAUUUUUACUGCCUUAAAUCUACUUAAUUUUAGUAGGUAUUGAGUGGUUUGGAAAAAAGGUACCCAUUCAUUGAUAUUUUUAUAAAUGAAAACAUAGAGUUCUAGUAGUUGGGAGAAGAACCUAAGGACCGCUUUUAUUUAAAAAAAAAAAAAAAAAAGCCUGUUUAAAGGGCUAUUUUUUAUAGAUAAAGCUAAAUCUAGACUUAGGCCAUUUCUAGGUUACAAGAUGCUAAGGUUAGACAAAAUUUCUGUUUUUUCCAAUGGUUGGUAGCAUUGGUUUUUGUUUUCCAUGCAUCGUGCCCAGGAUCAUUCAGUCAAGCAUGUCUGCAUCAAGUGGGAGCCAACUGUCCUGCCUGCCUGAAGAAUAUGUCUUGUCUUUAGCCUCCCUGAUGAUUUUUGGUGGUUCAUGUGUGGUUUUGGUAGCCUAGCUGUCAUACUCACAAUACGUAAUUUCAUUAUCAGAACUAGAGAAUAUGUUUCCCCUGUUUGCUCAUUAAUGUAGUGAUACUCCUUAGACGUCUGGUUAUUGUUGUGUACUUUAACAUACAUGUAAUGGCUGUACAAAGUAGACAGAACUCAAGUCCUUUAGAGUUACUCCAUUUUUUGAAGGAAAAGAACCCUUAACAUUUUUUUUUUUUUUUUUAAUCACCAAAAGAAUUCUUACUUAAAGAAAUUGUAGUCCUUCAUUGUUCGGUUGAUUUCCUAAAACCUUGACAAAUUUAUUGAUGUAAUAAAACUAUGUUUCAAAGGUUACUUGAAUGUUGCAAAAUUAUGCUUUCAUCAAAUUGUAAUUUUUAAAGGAAAAGUUGAUUUAUAAAAUAAUGUAGAACAUUUUUAUAUUUGAAAUUUGUCCUUUUCAAGAUAGAUUUUUGCUGUUGCACUGAGUGAAAGAAAAGUCUCUGAAAAAGAAAAAACUCAUGUUUUUCUUAGGUUAUACUGAACUAUAUAAUGAUAAAUUGUUUUUAAUUUUUUUCAACAUCUAUCCUGUGUACUUUUAUACACAGUGUAUAUGAUUUUAAAUUAAUACCAUCUAUAUAUAGAUAUAGUGGUUGGCUUACAUGAAACAGAGACCCUUGAAUUCCAAAACCUUACAGAUCUACUAAUUUAUCAUGUAAAUGCUAUAAAUUCGUCUGAUUCCAUCUUUGAUUGACGUAUCUUGUCAGGAGUAUAAAAUAAGGAAUUUGCCUUAUGGUUUCUAAUAAUUGUCAACAAUUAAAUUUAAUCUUUUACAAGUUACAUGUAAGUAAUAUUAUUGAUACCCAAAUUCUAAAUAAGAAUUUUAAAAAUUUGGGUUAUCAAACAAGUAGAAAGAUUACAUUUAAUUUGGCAGAUAAUAAGUUUUCUAACAUUCUUCCCCCCAAUAACUAGAGUUUUAUAAGUUGAUUGAAUGUCAAAUGAGGAUUUGUUUAAAUAGGAAUUACACUGAAGUAAAUUCAUGUCACAGAAAAGUUUCCAUAUUUGUUUCCAAAUUGUGUGCAUACAAUGCUUAUUUAGUAAUAAUCACAGUGUAUUAGAUAAAGAUAAAAUAUAUUUAUGAAAUAUUUCUAAGAAAAUACUAACUUCCACAGCCUGUAUUUUAAUUGCAACAAUAACAGGAACAUUAUGAAAUCUUCCCUGUUUCACCUCAUAGUCACAGGUCGUCUGGCUUUGCAAAAGUCUGGUUUGUAAACCUUUUUGUUAGAGUGUACUUUGAAAUUGUCCCAAAAGUUCAAGGAUAAGGAAAUAUGUUUAAAACAAACCAAAGGAAAAAGAGGGCCUCACCUUUCCUUUGUAGUGCCUAUUCCUGAAUAAUAAGUAAUAAUAUGUGAAAUUAUUCCUAAGCCUGGUAGAAUUAGAAUAUAGACUUCCUGUUUAAUCGUAGGGCUUCACUUCUGAAGCUCCUAACCUUUAUCUGGGAACCCCGGACAGUUUGGCUUUUGGAUCCAGCCGUUGGGUGCUUCAGAUCACCUCCGGGAUCUCUCCUUGUGACGGCAGUUCCUUAUGACACUCUUAACUCCUGUGGCUUGCAUCAUGAGUUGUUAAUGUGGUAGUAAUUAGUGUCUACCUAAAUUUAAUGAUCAGAGAUGUAUUUGAAGGGUACUCACUUAAAAGAUGAUCAUGGUUCUGAAUAUCUUCAGAGAAAGCUAAAUCUUUUAACAGUAUACUGAGCCUGGCAAUACGAAAAUACAUUCCUGUGGCUUGAUUUCUUGAACAUGCCAAGACUCAGUUUGGAUGAAAUUUGGCAGAAAUGAUGCAGUAAAUAUAGCAAGGCUUUAAAGUCAAUUACUAGUGUUACACAGUCACAAAGUAGAUUGGCUCUUACCAAGGUGAAUUUAGCUGUGUCAACUAAUAGCUUUUAUAUAGUAUGUAACAAAUCUGAGUUUUAUUAUGCUGUGAAUUAUUCAAUGCAUUAUGAGAAAUUAUAGUGUAAACAAUGUUAAUCAUACUUUUGGGCUUCAUAAGUCAAUGUGCUUGCCCUUUGUUUUCUUUCCCUAACUGAUCUGCUUAUAUUAGUUUCUGGUUCCUAGUCAGUAUUCUAUUAGCUCAUUAUCAUUAGCGCACUAACUUAAAAGCUAGAUUAACAUCAAAAUAACAAUAGCAGUACUAACUGCCAAGGGCUCAUAGAAUGCAGUCUCACACGCUAGAACUAGACUAAAGGUAAUUGAGUAGUUAUUUGCAGUGUUUCCUUGUAACACCUAUAUGUUUAAGAUUUCUAAGGUAUUUAAAAAUUACCUUUGUUACAGUCCUUAGAAAUACAGAAAUUUCCAGGGAUUCACUACAUUACAGUGUUUGCCUAAUUUAUACUGCUCUUCACUGUUGAUUUUAAUGAACUUUGAUGUUUACUUUCCAAAACAUAAUUUAAUUUGGAAUAUGUACUUUGGUUCUUCAUGAGUGCAUUUUGGGAAAAAAAAAAAAUAUACCUUUGCAGGCUGGACAACUUCAGUUUGUGAUGUGUUAAGCAGUAUUUUAAAAAUAUAAUUCUACACAUGUAAAGUAUAGACAUGACAAUAAACCAAAUUGUAUUUAAGACUAAAUUUACUACCCAUUUUGGAUAAUAAGAUAUUCCCAUACCACUCUUAUAUUGCCAUAUUAACUUUUCUGUUUGAUAGCACUUUUGACCAUGGACAGGAGCAGGAAAAAGGAUAUAUUUUUAUAGAAUUAUUAUGUCCAGAAUGACUUCAGACCUGCAUGAUACAGUGCAAAGAGCACUGACUAGUAGUUACUCUCCUUUUUGGAUUCAGAGCUUCUCACAAAUAAAAUGAGUGGAUGAAACAUGGUAAAACUAUCACAGCAUCCCUUUGUCUUCUCUUCUGCUCGCAGUGUACUUCGGUACUACUCUGUCUCACCCGAUUCUUACACUAGGACUUCUGAAGAAUGCCGUCGUUUCUCUUCUUUGAUCCUGGGCUGCUCCUCUUGUUUUACAGAGGGGAGCCAUUGAUUUUCUCAUCGAUGGCACGGCUGACACCAGAACCCCUGUCUGACUACUAGUCAGAGGCACUUUACUUGUACCAUGAAAUAAAUUGAAAUCAUUAUAAAGCAGCAAAAUCUGAUAAUGCCUGCCAGCUUUCCUUGUGUUUUGAUAACAAAGACUGCAAAUAUUCUGAAGAACCUGGAUAUAAAAUUAUCUUGAAGGAAUAGGUUAGGAUUUGAAGCCAUUAAAUUAUAGGAACUAUUACAUUUUUGUAAUAACAAACAUUAAUAAAAGCAAAACAUGGUAAGGUCAUUUUAAUUCACCAUAUACUUACCAAAGUCUUGAUGUUUCCAAAUGAAAGGUAACCUAGGGCUUGGAUUCAGUUUGGCUGAAUCCUAACAUCUAUAAAUACGAUUCUGUGGACAUCUUUUUCCAUUUACAUACGUUUAUCCACUUAAAUAAGGAGAAGGAAGCAAGGUUUGAUUAAAUAAACUUUUCUCUGCAUUGGUCUUUUCACUGACUUGUGUUCUAGAUUUUCUUAUUUUUCCUCAACAACCCCCUGCCUUGGGUGUUAAUUUUAAACAGGGAAAGCUUGCUACAUUAUAAAUAUUGCUGGCAACAUUUAUUUUACACAAAGGCCUAAAGGUUAACUUUUGGAAAUGAUGAGCUACCUUUCUAUAUGUGUUUACUUGUGCUUUGUGAUAUUUCUGGAUCAUUCCAGUCAUAAAGACUUAUUACAUGUAAUAUUUCUUGCUACCUGUGAAAAGGAAUAUUUUAAAGAAUGUAUAACCAACACUCCAUUUACUUUUUAUUAGUAUGUAGAGGAUUUGUAUCUAAUUCAUGAAUGUAGUUUUACUGUAGUUUGUCAUUGUAAAUGGAACAAAAAGUACAUUAUCUUUAUAGUUAUUCUAAAAUGUACAUUAUGUAAGAAUUGUAAAUAUUAUACUUGAUUAAAUACUUUGUAUGCUGAAGAAUUAUGAUAAUAAGUCAAUAAAAAUCUCACCUCUGGCAUAGUU